AUGGCGAUAGAGAAGACUGAAAGUACCCUCAGCGCUACAGGUUGUUUCAAAUCUGAGGUUUCAGUAGAUGAACGCUUGUUUGGUUCGUUGAAUUCCGAAAUCGCUGAUGCGCUUGCAGAUUAUGUUCGGAAGGCGAUCAUUGAAGGGGUGGAAUCUCUACCAUUGGUUACAGAUCAAGAGAAGAUUUUUGCGUUGAAACAAAAGAUAGAGGGGGCCUGUAUGCGCAAUAUUGAUAUAAUGGAAUCUUACGGCAGCCGCAACAUUUUCACGCUUCGCAACUACACCCGCCGUCGACAGCUACAUGUAUUACAUGCAAGCAAUCCAUCUUUGCGAGAAGUCGACAUGACGGAAGGCAAUACGCAAGUGAUUCUAGAUCAAUCUGCAUUGAUUAUCUUGCCUACAAGUGCAGAAAUGCCGUCUCUCGAGCAAAUGAAUCAGCUUGAACGCGAGCUCGUUCAACUGAAAGAGAGAUUGAAUGCUACUCGAUUACUCAGGAAUGAACUUGCCUCGAAAUACCACGGCCUUGAAAGCGCGAUUGCAGUUAGUAAUGUUGCAGUCACGGCCUUGCUAGAGAUAUCUACAGAGAAUGUUGCCUUUCCAGUCAACCAGGUGGUUUCAAAGGGAAAAGACUUGCGUGAAUUGACAAAUGAAUGUAAAGAAAUGAUUCAUCAAUUGGGCACUACCAAGAAAGCAAGAAACAAUGACGUGGAAAAUGAUGAGAUCCCUGCCUCUAUGAAGGAGCAAACGAAAAGGAAAAGGCUUUCUAUGGAAGACGAGUACAAACUCGAUCGAAAAGUUCUUCAGUCGAAUACUGUUUCAAGUCUCGACGCGUUGAGAAGUAUUUUGAGGCCAUGA